CUGAGACACUUGCUGGUGUGUUGUUGUGAUGGCUGGGGUGCUGUAGCUGUGGAGAGAGGACGUGCGGUUUCCCAUGCUGCUACACAAGGGAAACAAAAUAGUCAUAAAGUUAUAACCUAUACUUUUUUCCUUUUACUUUUUAUAAGGUGUAAGAGAGGAGGUAAUGAACGGAAGGGGACGUGGCCAGUGACAACAGCAAAGAGGUCAUGGGCUGUGGCCUGAGAAAAUCAGAAGUACAGCAGAAGAAAUGUGACAGAGUGAGCAUCUCAGUCCCAGCAAUCAGAGCGGCUCUGUUGAUUCAGCGCUGGUAUCGGCAGUAUGUUGCCCGGCUGGAGAUCAGACGCAGGUGCACGUGGAACAUCUUCCAGUCUAUUGAAUAUGCAGGACAACAAGAUCAGAUCAAGCUGUACAAUUUUUUUGGCUUCUUGAUGGACCACUUCACCCCAGCCAGCAGUGAAAGAAAUCUAAUUUCUCACAUCUUUCAUGAGAACGAAAUCUGCCGUGAUUCAGAAUGGGAAAGAUAUUUUUGCUACAAGAGCAUAGAUGUACCUGACAGCUACACGGGGCCCCACCUGACCUUCCCCAUGACGUUCUGCGGAGUGUCGAAGCUUGUGGAGGCUUUUAAGCACAAGCAACAGCUCCAUGCACGAUAUGUUCUGCAGAUUCUUGGGGAGACUUGGAGACUUCUAAGAAUUCUUCCAAACAUCAGUCAUCUUUCCUCCUGUCACACCAAGGAGAUUACUAUAUGUGGAGACCUCCAUGGGCAGCUAGAAGAUCUGCUAUUGAUAUUCUAUAAAAAUGGUUUGCCAUCUCCUGAGAAACCGUAUGUGUUCAAUGGGGACUUUGUGGAUCGUGGCAAAAACUCCUUGGAGAUUCUGCUCAUCCUGUUUGGGUUCCUGCUAGUCUACCCCAGUGAUGUUCAUUUAAACAGAGGGAACCAUGAGGACCACAUUGUUAACCUAAGAUAUGGCUUUACUAAAGAAGUUUUGGGAAAAUAUAGGGUGCACGGCAAGAAGAUCCUUAAGCUUCUCCAAAAGAUCUUCAGCUGGCUACCUCUGGCUACUGUGAUUGAUCACAAGGUGCUGAUUGUGCAUGGAGGGAUCUCUGACACAACAGACCUGAGCGUAAUAGCCAGAGUGGACAGACACAAAUAUGUGUCAGCCCUCAGACCUCCAAAGAUGACUAAACUAGCAGUGAACGGCAGCAACAGCCAGACAAUGAACAGCAGGAACGGAGACGCCGGUGUUCCAGUGGACUUUCGACGUCGGGUGCGAUCUCUGACUCACCACAGCUCAACCCCAUCUAAAGGCCCCCCACGACGUUCACUACAUAACCUGCACACCAGCCAUCAGCACAUGAACUGGUCCGUGGAUGACGAGCUGAAGAAAAGACGUAGGUUGGCUGGGUUUGACCAGUCAUAUGGAGAAAGGAAGAAGCCAGACUCUGACUCAGACCCAGAGUGUGAAGAAGGAAUAGAGACCUACGAGCAUGAGUGGGAACAAAUGGUAGACCUGUUGUGGAGUGAUCCUAUGCCCCAAAAUGGCUGCAUUCCCAAUGAAGUGAGAGGUGGAGGCUGCUACUGGGGCCCAGAUGUCACGGAGGAGGUUCUCGGAAGACACAACCUGCAGCUCCUCAUCCGCUCCCAUGAAUGCAAACAGGAUGGCUAUGAGUUCUGCCACAACCGCAGGGUACUAACAAUUUUUUCGGCUUCAAAUUACUAUGAGGUGGGCAGCAAUAGAGGAGCCUAUAUAAGAAUGGGAGCUGAUCUGGUCCCUCACUUCGUUCAGUAUCAGGCCAGCAGGACUUGCAGAGAGCUCACACUGAGACAAAGUGUUGGAUGGACGGAGAGAUCAGCUCUACAAGCUCUGAGGCAACAGCUGUUCGUACACAAGUCAGAUCUCAUCAGUGCCUUCCGAGAGUUUGAUCCUAACAACACAGGGAUAAUCUCUCCAAGUCACUGGGCAAGUGGCACAGAGAGCGUGCUGAAGCUGGGUUUGCCUUGGAGAGUGCUGCGCCCACAGCUUGUAAGCAGCACCAAGAAUGGUAUGGUGGACUACCAGGAGUGGAUGAAGGAGCUCUCCAUCACUGAGCCCAAACUAGAGAUAUCAGAUACCAGCCUACUGGAGACGAUGUACAAAAACCACUCCAACCUGGAAACUAUCUUUCGAAUCAUAGACACAGAUCACUCAGGUUUGAUCUCUUACGAGGAAUUUCGCCAAACCUGGAAACUCCUGAGCUCUCAUCUCAAGACAGAGAUAAGUGAUGAUGUCAUUGCAAACCUGGCCCAGAGCAUCGACUUUAACAAGGACGGAAGCAUCGAUAUUAAUGAGUUCAUGGAGGCUUUCCGUCUGGUGGACCUCUCUGCACAUUCCUGAGAGGAUGGACCGGGAGCUGGAGCUGCACCAGCUGAAAUGCUGAAAGGGCUGUGUUUACUUUUUACCUUGAUGCACAAUCAUGAAAAGUUUAAUAGUUGGGAGUACUAGUAGUAUUUUACAUCAUGAACUAAAAAGAUUAUUUUUCCAUUGCAACAUAGAUCUUUUUCACCACUUUUUAAAAAACUUUCUAUGUAUUUUUAAAGUUUUUAUCUAACUGAAAGUUCACCUGUUUAGUUGGUGAAUAAAAACAUCAAACAGAUGCAAUA